AGGCUCAAUUGAGGUCAAUGUUUACCAGCUCUGAAUGGGAGGAGUGUAAAUGGUCUAAGAAUGUUAAAGGGAAAGUAGCAUAUGCUAUUGUGAUGAGCAUUGCUUUCUAGAAUGGUGUAACUUUAUGCCUUAAGGUUUUUGCACCUUUGGUGAAGGUGCUUCGAAUUGUUGAUGCAGAUAGAAAGCCUUCUAUGGGUUUUUUAUAUGGAGAGAUUAAGCAAACAAAGGAAGAUAUUAAGGAGGCCCUAAAUAAUCUUGAGAAAAACUAUCAGUCAGUUAUAGAGAUUAUUGAAGCAAGGGUGAAAGAUAGGCUAGAUAGUCCAUUGCAUUUGGAGGCUUACCUUUUGAAUCCCUACUACCUUUUCAAGAAUAAGACUAUAUAUCUUGAUAAUGAAGUGAUGGAUGGGUUUUUUAAUUGUGUGGAGAUGUUUUAUCAUGGUGAUGAUCAUUUUGAAUUGCAAGGUCAUGUCAUAAAUGUUGAGUUGCCAAAGUAUACUCGUAAAGAGGGAGCUUUUGGAAAAGUGUGGGCAGCUCAAGGCUGUGCAAAAAAUGAUGACAAUUAUAAUCCAGUUACAUGGUGGAUGACUUAUGGAAAUCAAACUCCAAACUUGCAACGAAUGGCAAUAAGAAUGCUCUCGUUAACCAGUAGUUCAUCCGGUUGUGAAAGAAAUUGGAGCACUUUUGAAGGGGUUAGUGCAUAUGAAAGUAUGAACUAUAUUUCUUUAAUAUCAAUAACUUAUCUAUCAUUUAAAUUGAUAUUACUUUUAUUUUAUUUAUGUAGAUACAUACGAAGAAAAGAAAUAUACUGGAUGUGCAUCGAUUGAACAAUCUUGUCUAUGUCC